AUGAUGGAAUACGCCCAAUACCAGCAACAACCGCAGACCGCGCAUUCACAACCUCAUAUUCAGACUGGUUACCCAAGUUCGACAGGUGGCAACAACAUCACUUCACCAUCAACUCAACAUCUUUCUCAAACAUCACCAAUUCUUCCCUCUCAGCAACAUCAGCCAUCGCCGACUCAAACCCACAAUAUGUAUCAGACGCAGUACGCGGUGCCGCAGCAAAACAUGCAUUACGGCAUGCCUGGUAUUCAGGCCGCCGCUAUGGCAGCAACGGCAGCUGCUUCCGGAUCUUCAUACCCAUACAUGCCGUCAGAUCCAAGUCUGCAGCAGUCCCCGAGAAUGUCGACGGUCGGUGCGAAGAAGGAUGCCAGGGCAGGACCGCGCUCUCCCCAACAGAUGAAUAACAUCCCUCAGCAAAGGCGGAUGGGCCAGGUUGCCAGUCCGGGUGUUCCGAACGCGCCGACGAUGCUUAACCACGGUGGUGCCCGCCCUGCCGUUCCUCCUCCGAUGGUCGCAGCUCAGCAAAUGCCGCCUGCUCAGUCUCCUGAGAUGUCAUCUGGUGCCGUUGAAGAGACCCCUCUCUACGUCAACGCCAAGCAGUUCCACCGGAUUCUUAAGCGUAGAGUUGCACGUCAGAAGUUAGAAGAGGCACUUAGACUCACCAACAAGGGCCGGAAGCCUUAUCUCCACGAGUCGCGGCACAAUCAUGCCAUGAGACGCCCGCGUGGUCCUGGUGGUCGUUUCUUGACCGCUGAAGAAGUGCAACAGAUGGAGAAGCGCAAGCGGGAGGAAGCUGAAGCUGCUGCGAAGGCUGCUGCGGAAGGCUCCGAGCAGAAAGAGCAGCAGAACGAGCAGCAAGGCGAACAACAGACACAAUCGGAGCAACAGCAACAGCAAGAAGCUGGCAACAAGACUCCGACUGGUGCGACCAAACGGAAGUCGGAUAGCUCUCCGAGCACUGCAUCCAAGAAGCCAAAACAAGGGUCAGAUGAAGGCGGCGACGAAGAGUAA